CAUUGUGCUGCUCUGUUUUGCCUACAUUUUGUUUCUGUUUCUUCUCAGAAUCCCUAAACCAUAUAGAUGCAGAGGAAAAUUGGAUGAUGGGGAUCUUCACCAAUCACCAGGGCUGAUCACUACAACUUUUGCUUGUCUCCUGCAUCAAAUUAUUCAAGGAGAGCACGUCGUACAAGGAUGUAAAACUCUAACAGAGCGACCUGGAGGAUUCCAGUACAUGUGUAGCUCUUUUCGACACAGGACCAGAGCAUGGCUGUUCUCAACACUGUAGAUGCAACUGAAGGAAGCUGCAAGUCAUGUAGAGCAUGCAAAACAAUUCUGCUCACGAGGACAUCGCAAGAGACUUACGAGCAGAGAUAAACAAGUUAAAAGAAGUGGAGGCAGCAAAAGCUACUGAAGCAGCACAAAAGCUUCAGCAGAACAUACAGGAGCUGCAAGUGGCAGCCAGAGAGAAGGAUGAUGAGAUUGGCAGAUUGAGAGCAGAAGCAGUUGAUGCAGAAAACAAGGUACAGAUUUGCUAUUGAGGGUACAUUACUAGAAAUGCACUCUUAACUAAGAAGAAAAAUUAUGGAAUCCAGAAAGACAAAAAUGGGCAACCUGAUAUUCUGAAAUGACCUUGUUUUCCUUCCCUGUUAUUUGUCCAGUGACAGAGUGAUCUGCUUAUGGCGCACAUAUCCACAGCAGAUCCUCUCUUUCUACAGAUACAUAUGUAGUCGAUGGACGAUAUCGUGUUUGUAGGUAACCUGGUUGGUCGAUGGUAACAUUGAUAAAAUGCGAUGUUUAACCAAAUUCACUAAACACUGCUUGUAGUUUAGUUGAUUGCCUCUAGACAUGUGAUCAUUGGCUGUUUUACUGAUAUGCAUACACAAUAUUCUAGUCCUUUAUAGACCAAGAAUCAUAUUUCAUUGUGUGCCGCUUUAUUUUUCCUUUUUGUUGCUAAAAGGCAUAAACAUCUAGAUUCUUGAUAUGCUACCUGCAUGAAACAUGUGCCAUUGGAGACACAAACUGAUUGUAAAGUGAGGAAUUAUCUAUGUAGGAACCUCUACUUCUGGGAGUGCUAAUUGUGUAGAGUUUGUUUAGUAACAGGAGACUAGUCCAAAGAAGAGUCAAAAGCGCAGGAGGAAUACCAGUGAGUUGCAGCUUGAACAGUGCACGGUGAGUCUCCCUUUUACUCCAUUUUCUCACAUACUACUACUUAUUUGCUCAAUGCAUCACAGAUCCAGCAUUUGGUGGUACUGAUCUUCUCAAGAUCUAGUCAAUUAUCUUGGCUAUUUUUCUGCUUAAUAUUUUUGUAGUGCCAUCUUUUCUGGAAAUCAAGGUGAUCUAAGUGUACAUGUCCCUUAUAAGAUAUUAUACGGGUUCUUGCUCUGUUUUCCAUCCAAGUGGAUCCAACGAUGUUGACACACACUGAUCAGUCUACCUUGUACAUGGAAAUUUUGGCCCCGUUCUCUUGUAGAGACCACCAGUUGCAUUGCGGGUGAUCUAGAUUGUAUUUGUUAGCUAGUAUUUCUGUUUGUAUAUUUGCCAUCCAUUGAUUAAUUUGGAGGGGUGAUGCAUCAUGUACAUGGUUGAUCUCAUAGGUUUUACCAGAUCUUAGUACUGGUUAGAUGGGGAGUAUCGAUUUCAAACUUGUCCAUGUCCGAUUCGUAUCUGAAAGAAGAAAAAGAACUAAUCUGUAGGAUUCUCGAGUAAUACUCCCACCAUCCCCAUUUACACAGCGUCCUCACGUUUCGUGAUUUAACUGUGACCACUAAUUUCAUCAAUAAUACUACCUCUGUACCAAAAUAUAAGACUUUAUAGGCUAAACUAGCCUACAAAAAUGUCUUAUAUUUUGAUAUGGAGAGAGUAUGUGUCAUAAUAAUCAUACCAUUGAAAACUUUUUCUGGAUACAGUUUUGGUGAUUCACAUUUUGUGACAGAUAACUAAUGUUUAGUCGGUUAAAUUGAUGGUCAAACUUGUAAUUUGAAACGCGUGUGCCACGUCAAUUGGGAUGAAGGGAGUAUGACUUUAUCACGAUACCUUUAAACUUUGUUCUAGAUAUAUUUGAUUUUCUCAAGAAAUUGUUUUACAUCUAUGAAAGACUGACAACAUAGGUCAAAGAUAAUUCAGAUGUUUAUAUUUACCCUGUGCAAUACCGACUGUUAUCACCAUGGAACCUUUUGAUUUAUUGCAGCUAACACGUAGGUUUUUGUAUUUGGUUCUAUCUGUUGGAACUGUUAAUGUUCUUUUCAUUUGAUCGCAGCACUAUUACGCAGAUCUUCGGCUCAUUUUCAUAAGCAAUUGCAGAUGUCGAAGAAGCUCGACACCUUAAGAAUGAACACCCUGCCGUUAUGUUCCUUACAGACGAGAUGAGCCAUUACAAGCAAAGCUACGAGAAAGCAUUCCUGCGUUGGUUCUCCAUCACACACAGUAUGAAGUGAUACUCCGUAUUGAGGACUGUUUUAUGCCUGCAGACGCAGCAAGAAAUGGUGUGCAUGGAAUCGGCAGUUUCUGAGAAAUUGCACAUCCAUGGUCUUACCUCUUACGCAUUCGUCAAAGUUGAAUAAGCAAAUUGCCCAAAUGAGUGAGUAGUAUAUAUGCUGACGAUUCAGAACUCGCCAUUGUCCUAUGGACCUGGAGUGUUCAUUUAAAACUGGCAUUUGUACUUUUCUGUUGGACUUAGGGGAAGAAAAGCCACUGUCGACCUAUCAAAUAAUUAAAUUAAAGCAUAACUUAGAUUAGUCGUAAGUUGCUCGUCACUGAUUUGGAUCUCAUGGUAUUCACUACAUAUUUAAUUUAUGGCCACAAUUUGUUACUUUGCAGUAAUUGUUUUUACAUAGGCCUCCCACUCCCAUAGGGGGAGUUGAGUUCAACAAACUACAGCCUGUUCUUAUCAGGUUCAACAAACCACUUGACUUUUGUUUAGUAAAACAACUUGUGAUCUGUAAACAGGAAAGAUUGCGAUGUUGUUUAAAACUUAAUGAUUGAGAUGUAAUUGCUAAAAUAACUGGCAAGUGGUAAUCCUAGACAAUUUUACCGUGUUGUCGAACGAGCAGUCAAGUCGUUCUGUACGUAUGCAGAUGAUAAACUAACUUGGUUUCCAUCCAUGAAUAGUUGAAGUGGUACAUCGACUUCCAGGUGCCUUAAGUACUUGCCAUCCCAACACAGCAUUACUGCAAAGCUAUCUUCAUCUUGCGACUACCCGGUGCUAUUGUAUAAGUAUUUUCUCCAAUCGAUCUUAAAUAUGGUGUGGUCCGGUGUAUGAUGUCCCCUUAAUAAUCAUCUAGGAAUGGAGCAAGCAAUCUUAAAACAAGACAAAUGUGGAUUUAACGCACUACACCAUGCCAUUCGCAACGGGCAUGAGGAGGUUGCGCUGGAGCUGAUUACAGCAGAGCCUUCUCUGUCGCGAGCUGUGAGCGAACGCAACGAGUCACCCAUGUUCUUCGCCUUGACAAGGAAUUUUACACGUGUGUAUGAGCAACUAGUUCAAGAUCCUCUUUCUUCGUACACGGGAGGACUACACGAACGCAAUUGCCUACAUGCUGCAGUCAGAAAUGAGAAUCCAGAAAUGGCAAAGCAGAUUCUGAAAAACUAUCCUGGACUAAUGAUCACUGAAGACAUUAAUAAAGUUACUCCAACAAGGCAUGCUGUACUUUUUGACAAGAUUGACAUGUUACAAGUAAUACUGUUACAUGAUCCAACCAAAGGAUAUGAAAUAAACAUCAUGGGUGAUCCUCUCCUUGCCGCUGCCGCAUAUCGAGGUCGAAUUAAUGCUGCUCGAGAGCUUCUGAAACACUGCCCUGAUGCUCCUUACCGCCAAAAAAAUGGUGGGACAUUGCUUCAUAGAGCUGUAUGGGAUAACCAAAUAAAGUUCGUUAAAUUUGUCCUGACGACACCGCUACUUCGCAAACUCAUCAACAUGCAAGACAAGACUGGAAAAACCGCUCUACAUUAUGCAGUCCGGAAGUGUGAUCCGGAACUAGUUAGUAUUUUACUAUCUCACGAGGAUAUAGAUGCGACAGUGCUUGACAACAUCGGUGUUUCAGCGGCUUGGGAACUGAAGUACGUCAUGGAGAAUGCCAAGACUUUAAACUGGAAUGAAGUCUUGAUGCUUAUGCUAAAAGCAGAUGCCCAAAAUGCCAGAUCUCUCUACAAUCUUCACGGGAAAGCCAAGCAACAAGCAAUCGAUGCUGGAAGGAAGGAUGCAAAGUCACUAACUAAGACAUACACAACCAACAUUUCAUUAGUGGCCAUUCUCAUUACGACAAUCACCUUUGCUGCUGCUUUCACCCUGCCCGGAGGAUACAGCAGUGUUGAUGGAAGCGAGGGACUUCUGAUCAUGUCUCGGAAGGUUGCAUUUCAAGCAUUCUUGAUCUUUGACACCUUAGCAAUGUGCUCCUCAUUUGCCGUUGCUUUCAUAUGUGUCAUAGCAAGGUGGGAGGAUUAUGAGUUCUUGAUUUAUUACACAUCUUUCACUAAGAAGCUCAUGUGGUUUGCAUAUGUGGCAACUACUAUGGCUUUUUCAACUGGUUUAUACACGGUGUUAGCCCCGCGUCUCCAUUGGUUGGCCACAGGAAUUUCCGUUUUAGUAGCUUUAUUGCCCAUUCUAACCAAGCUUCUUGGCGAAUGGCCUGUUUUGAAGCUCAGACUCCGUUUGGGAGAAACUUUCAACUCCGAUCUCUUAGACAUGGUGUGAUCUCAACAAUUUGUCUGAUUUUUCCGAUUUCAGACACUAAUUUGUAAUUUAUAUGUAAUCAACAUUGUUUGGCUACCCAUUUUGUAUUGCAGACUCGUGGCGAGAAAAUAGUGCACUAUUAUUCUUGUAUACCUUUCAA